AUGGAAGAGCGCGCUGAAGGUGCUGACGUGGACGGGAUAACCGAACACGUGGCAGUGAUAGAUGAGAGCAUGGCGGACGCCUAUCUGGACGAUAAUGACCAUCUCGACGACGCUGGCGACGACGAUGGCGAUGACGGCGAUUCGGAUUUGUUAGCGGACGACGUUGGCGAUGCGAACGACGCUGACGAAGAUGCAGGCGACAUGGAUGACGACAUAGAGGGGGGACGUGCCGCCGUAGAGGUUGGGGUGGAGCCGAUCGGGGGACGUGGAGGUGCGACGGAGGAGAAGGAAGAAGAAGUGGCGGAGGAAGAAGAAGAGGAGGAGGAGGAGGAAGAGGAGGAGGAAGAAGAAGAGGAGGAGGAGGAGGAAGAGGAGGAGGAAGAAGAAGAGGAACUGGAUGAGGCACAGCGCGUUGUGAUUGCUGACGACGAUGAGAUGAGCGUUCACUCGGAGGAGGAAGAGGAGGAAGGGGAGGAGGCGGGAGAGGGGGUAGGCGCGCGUGAGGGGGGUGGAGAAGCUCGGGGUCAAAGGGAGGGGAGGACAGGUGGCGAUGGCAAUGAGAGACCGGGCGGAGUGGUGGCGGAUGGGGGGAGGCGAGAGGCGGGAGGUGAAGAGGCGGAGAUAGCAGGAGAGGGGCGGAGAGGAGCGCAAACAGGUGGGCGCUUGGAUGAGGAGAAGGAAGCGAAGGAAAGCAGUGAGCAAUCAGAGGCGGCAGGAGCGAAGGGCGGAACGGAGAGGGCAGAGGUUUCUGCAGCAGCGGAAGCACGUGUGACCGUAGCCGCGUCUGCAGAAGGGGAGAGACAAGAGGCAGGAGAAGCAGGAGAGGGUGCAAGUGACGCGGCUGUAGCAGCAGCAGAUGCACCUUCAACAGAGGAGGCGGCUGUAGCAGCGCCAGAGGUGCCGGUGGCGUGUGUGAAGCGCAUGAUGCGCCUGGAUGGCGAGGUGCGGCACGUUUCGUCCGAUGCCGCCCAGCUGGUGGCCUCUGCCGCCCACCUCUUCCUCGAGAGCCUCGCCGCUGCCGCCUUCUCCCGCACUCUCUCCGCCCGCCGCCUGACCAUCACCCAGGCUGACGUGGCAGCUGCUGUGCGCUCAUCAGACAAGAUCAGCGAGUUCAUUGGCUCGUCAAUAUCCUGCCUUCGACACGUCAGCAGCGGUCCAGCUCGUGUUGAUGCAGCACGGGGGCCGGGGAGAGUGGGCACGGAUGGGUCGAGGAAGCGGGUGAGGGCAGAGGCCGCAGCGCCAACAGCAGUGCGGGACAGGAAGGCACGGUUCAUUACAGCUUUCUUCCUCAAGUCGUAG